CCCUUCCGCGUUGGCAAUUCCGCAGGUGCUGAUUUAUCCACGUCAGUUUUGCUUUUAUAAACACAGAGCUAACCACCACUGAGACGGCACACAUGCAAUAGCCGUCGGACAUACAUCUCGUCAGAAAUUCUACGAGCUUCUGCAAACAUGUCAUUGCUUGAUUCUGAUGACAGCUAUGACUUCGUCUUCAAAAUUGUUUUAGUCGGAGAUGUCGGCGUCGGCAAAACUUGUGUAGUGCAACGAUUCAAGACUGGGAUCUUCAUCGAAAGACAAGGCAACACUAUUGGAGUUGACUUUACCAUGAAGACUGUGGAUAUUCAAGGAAAAAGAGUCAAGUUGCAGAUCUGGGACACGGCGGGGCAGGAGCGAUUCCGCACCAUCACGCAAAGCUACUACCGCAGCACCAACGGUGCCAUCAUCACCUACGACAUCACGAAGAGGGCCUCCUUCCUGUCCGUGCCCAAGUGGAUGGAGGACGUGAAGAAAUAUGGCGGCUCCAACAUCGUCCCACUGCUAGUCGGUAACAAAUCUGAUUUGAGCGAUGUGCGUGAAGUCCCAUUCGAGGAGGCCCAGUCCAUGGCUCACCAGUUGGACUUUAUCAGCGCCAUUGAGACCUCAGCCAAGGAUUCUACUAAUGUGGAAGAGGCCUUCAACAAAAUGGCAGCUGAACUAAUUCUCAGACACGGGGGUCCCAUGUUCAAUGAAAACGUGACUGACAGCUUCAAACUCAACAGCAAGGAUGUGACUGCGGAAGGCUGGGGCUGCAGCUGUUGAUGCCUGAAGACAGACACAGGGUUGAUAUUUUUUUCAUUAUCCGACUGGAACGUUUUUUUUUGCCAGUCUUUUAAGGCACACCAUUCGAGUUUCUGUAUGGAACUUUUUUCUUUUUUUCUUUGCUAUUCUCCCAGGGACCAGUAGUUUUAUAUUUUAAUUUAUCAAUAAAUAGUUUUUACUAUAGAGGCAGAUUGAUCACAGUCGGCCCUCAGAGGGAAUUGUUUCACCUGGAAAAGCUCAGGAGAAGGAUAGUUUCUAGACAGCAAGACGUUGCGUGUGGAUCUUCAGCUCACAAACCCUGACCUGUGUUUGCAGGCGGUUUGGCAUGGAACGAAAAGGUCUUUCAGAAUGUUCUUAAGCAAGUUUGAAUCACAUGUCCGGUAAUGGACUAGUCUGGCUAUUGCAUUCACAUGUCUCAUUUAUUGAAUGUUGCCCUCACAGUACUGGCAGUCAGAGUUGCUGAAGUGUAGCGACUGCUGCUGCUGCCUGAAGUAAUGAAACAUCUUCAAAUGUUCCGUUUUCAACUACUUUUCUUGCAUUUUAUUUUGUUUCCGUAAAAAAGUAAAUUGCCACAGCAAGGAGUACUGAUAGAAGGUACAGUAGUGGUCACCGAUAUUGACAACAAUUCUGAUUGUUUAGUCUUUCGUAAACACUGACACAGGUAAACCAUUACAUAGGCUACACUAUAUUACUGACACACUCCAACGAAACUGGGCAAGAUUUCGCUUCCUUUUUUCUUUUAUCUUAUAUCAUUUAUGUUUUUGUGAGAGUGGGGUGGGGGGUGGGGGGUGGGGGGGUUGGUUUCAAAUGUCUCGUAUGGCGUGACCAAUAAUGGAAAUUUUGACCAACUGGAUUUUUUUACAUCUCACAGAAUGAACAGAAACAGGAAAGAACAUAACAUUAUUGUUUAUGAUCAGUGAAACAAAAAAAGCCUGGCGAUGGUGAGUCUCAUUCUGUGGGUAAUUCUGGGGGAUGGGGGGGGGGCAGUUGAGUCCUUGGUUCUUUGGCCUUCUGAUUGGUGGCCUUUUGGCUUCUGCUGCUGUGGCCAGGAUGUGAUGUCAUAAAGGCCCCACAUGUCGCUUGGCUGCAGGAGAGCAGAGAGCCCUCUGCACUUUGGUAUUUGUGUGCCCCCUCCCCCCUUCCUUCCCCCCCUGAGGAUAGAGGGAGAGAGGACUGUGUGUUUGGAUCAGCUGGAGACCAGACAUCUACACAGACAACACUACUGUGGUGUUGCUUUCUGAACCAAUGCUGUGAAGCUCCCUUGCUGGGCUGUGUUGUUUUUGGAGUGUGAAGGAAAAAGCCUUUCAAAUAUUUUUUUUAUAUAUAUUUAUAACUGGCAUGUACAUGUCAACUGCCACCUCUUACACACACACACACACACAGAGAGAGAAAGAGAUCAAGAUGAUGGAAUGAUUUCCUCAUAUAUUGCUUAGAUGUGCAGUUGUCUAUAAUUUGUUGAGAAGAGGCGAUUAUGUGGUUUGAGUGGCAUCUUCAAAGAAAAAAAAAUAAUGGAUGUAUACAAAGCCACUGAGUAUGUGUAUUCUGAAAGCUGAAAGUGCAACGAAGUUUGCCUGUGCACAGACAAGGACAUAUUAUGUGCAGUCUCUGGACAAGUCCCCAUUUUCUUCUAAUAAUUUGCAACAUGGUUUGAGUAGAGUGACCAGAUGUCCAUUCUAUCUCCACAGACAGUCCAAUGUUUCAGUUCAUGUAUGUUGAAAUGCUAGAUAUUCAUUCAGAUUUCCAAUUUCCAAGGCGAUAAUAUUUGACUGCAUACUGUGAGUGUGUAUAUGUUGGGUUUUUUUCUUAUUGAAGUACAAAACAAAAACAUUAUGGAUUGAGAUUGCCACAUUGUGCAUUGUAAAAUAGUCUAGUGAAUUUGAUCAUCUUAGAUUUUUAGAGUCUUAGGAUUUUAAGAAGGUAGGCUAUGCGAGGGAUGCAUCAGCAGAGGUGUAUUGUUACAAACUUCCCUUAUGCUCAUCUGAUAGGACAGACCGCAGACAGCGAUUAUGCUUUGGUUGUCUUCAAUCAAACUUGGUGUCAUUUUUGUCGGGAGGCAUUGUUGAAGCACUUUUUUUCUUCAGUGUUAACUUGAACCCAUGUUGGAACUGCAGUGAUCCAUCUCCGGCCUUGAAAAGAUUACCACACACAGUUCAUUCAUCAUUCGUAGGUGAAAACCAACCUUAUUGAGGUACCUCUGACAUCACUACAUAUAGUUAAUUAUGUAGGUGCCAGAGUCAGGAUUUUAGUGGAUGAUUUUAGCAAAUUGGUAUUAUGGUAAAAGCACAUAUUAUGGUACUGUAAUUCAGGACUCAGUACAACUUCUGAAUGUUUCCAGUGAUCAGUGAGAGGGCCUUUGUGAAUUAUGGAUUUUUAUAUUGACCUUCAAAGAUUUGUACUCACUUUUAUUAAGUUGGAAGAGAAAGGUGUCUAAUUGAAAAUGCCUUCUUACUACCUAGGGCAAAUCUGUCUUUUGGAUGCGAUAUACUAGGAUGUGACCUUGGUUAAAUGUAUUUGAAGGUUGGUUCUAGAGGUUUUGAGUGCCUUAAAAUAAUUUUGAUAUAAAUAGAAAACAAUUACCGAUAGCAAUAGCCAUAAGACAUGUUACUAUGCAUUAUAUGAUAAUACUUUGACAAGUUAUUGUUUUGAAUUCUGUUUAUAAUCCUUUUAUGUUUUUUGAGUAAUUUGAUGCUCCAAAUGAUCUGUUCAUAUUGAAUAAAACAUAAUAUAAAUAAUUGCCAUGUUUGGAAACGUGGUGUGUCCUAGGAUACUGUUCUAGCAAUGACAAAUGAGACAACACUCAGCAUGCUGUGGAAUGCUUUAGAAUUCCUGAAUUCUGGAAUUUUUACACUGAAGUGAUGAGCUUAACUGGAUUAGGGGGAAAAGUGACAAUGACUGAUGAAUAAUACAAUACAAUGCAUCAUAAUCAGAUAUGUUUGUCAUUUUCUGUGCGAAAAUGAAAUGGACCAAUAACAGAAAACAACCACACACAUCUGAGUGAUAACUCUUUUAUUAACAAUAUCUGAUUAAACAUCUGGAAAUGUUUUUUUUUUAAGAAUAAAUCUAAAGUUGUUAAUAAAAAUAAAUACCUUCUACAUGCA